GAUAAAUGCUCAGUGAACCCUCCAGCACAAGGAACCAGCAAUUAUCCAGGGUGCCAGGCAGUCCCAGAUCCACUGAGGCAGAACUUCCUUCCUUUACGUCGUGUAUAAAAAGGCACGGGCCCCAGGAGAGCCUGUCAGAGAAGCUGAGCUCAGCAGCAGCCGUAGUUCCGUGGUGCGCAGCCUCAGUUCCUCCGUAAUCAGGGUCGGUCUGCACGUAUCCGAUACUGGAGCUAGGAUAGCAGCUCAUCACCAUAAUGGAUAAGGAUGACAUCGUAAUAAAUGAUAAAAGACAAUUACGCAGAAAAACACCUUUGUUAAGACAUAUUCAGGACCUUAGUAGCCAUGUGUGGGUUCUUCACAACAAUAUCCUCACUGUAGUCCCUAGGAAAGAGCAAACAGUCCCAGUCACUGUCACCUUACUUCCAUGCCAAUAUCUGGAAACUCUUGACAUGAACAGAGGGGAGCCCAUGUAUCUGGGACUGAAAGACCCUGAAUGUUGCCUGUUCUGCACACAGGAAGGCCAGCAGCCGGUGCUGCGGCUUAAGGAGGGGAGCAUACUGGAGCUGUACAGCCAAAGGGAAUCUGAAAAACCUUUCCUCUUCUAUCACAACAAGAGCGGCACAACGUCAACGUUUGAAUCUGCAGCCUUCCCUGGCUGGUUCAUCGCUGUCUGCUCCAAAGGAAGCUGCCCACUCUUUCUGACCCAAGAACUGGGGAAAACCCACAUCACCGACUUUGAGAUGAUUGUGGUGGAGUAAGGCACAUUGCUCUGUGGCACCCUCUCAAGAUCUCUCAGAUCCCGACAAGAAGAAGCAACCAUCUACACCCCCAACAAAGUGGAAGACUUAAAAGAAAGCUGAGCCCUCCCGUGGCUGCCUUCCCCCUCUCUGUGACAGCUGGAUCAGCUGCAGACCAUCUUACCACGUGUUCAUCCAAAGCAUUACUGCUGGUUUUUAUAAGGAGUGAACUUGGUGGAAUAAAAUCGUCUGUCUCACCUGC